AUGCUGUAUUCCCUACAAUCGUACCUCAAGUACUUUGCUUUGUUGGGCAUUGUGCCUUGGUCGGAGAAUUGUGCUUACUCGCGGUUUAUUCAAAGAGUUUACUCGCUUUUCUUGAUUGUUUUUAAUGUUACCACCUUCGCGUUUUCAAUGUACUUGCCUCCGGGAAAAGAACUGUUCCUCUCUCUAAUGGUCAACGUGAUUGUUUUUGUGGCUAAAAUUGUGUGCUUCACUGUCAUCUUGUUGCAAGUUAUGAUUCAGUAUGAUGACUACUACAGAUUCUGCAUGGAAAUCAAAUGCUUGGGAUUGCGAUUUCAGUGCGAGCUGAAUAUGGAUAUUGGGGGAUUAGGCUGGAAGUCGUAUGCCAAAAUUCUGGGACUUGGUAUUGGGCUUUUGGUAACAAUUUUGCCGUCCAUCUAUGUUGCUGUGAGCGGAAGUCUCCUCUAUUUCUGGUCCUCAUUCUUGUCAGUCCUUACCAUUCGGAUGCAAAGCGUUUUGAUGAUGCUCUAUGUGGACCUGUUGGGUCACCACGUAUGUCUUCUGGGCAAACGACUUCAGGACGUACUCAACUGUCAUGUGAAAGGUGGCAACUGCAUUCUGGAUGGCAAUUGCAAACAGCUUUGCUCCCUGGAAUUUUUAUUGGCCCUCAAGCAGAGCCAUAUGGAGCUCUAUCAUCUGUUCACCCACUUCAACGACCUUUUUGGCUGGACCAUAGUCAGUAUUUAUGUGGUUCUGAUUGUGGACAGUACGGUCAACAUUUACUGGACCCAGCAAGUUCUGGCGGAGGUCUAUGAGUACAAGUACCUCUAUGCUACAUUUUCGGUUUUUAUACCCGCACUCAUCAUGAUUUUCGUUUUUUGCCGUUGCGGGGAGUUUUGUAAGAGGCAGAACGUGCUUAUUGGCAGCUAUUUGAGGAACAUGGCUUGCCAUCCUGACCACGCAAAGGAACCGGCAUAUAAUGAAGUACUCUCAGAGUUCAUUAUGCAAGUGGAACAAAAUUCGUUUGUUAUCAAUGCCGAGGGCUUCAUGGACAUCAAUAAUUCGCUGCUAAUGUCGAUAUUGGCUGCAAAAGUUACCUAUCUGAUCGUGCUCAUGCAAUUUAGUAGUUAUUAG